AUGCUCGCGAUACGCCAAGACGGCUGCGGCUACGACGGCAACUCUGACCUCUACGGCGUGGGCGUGCGCGUCGGCCUCUACGCGCAGUGGGUAGCCAUGCUGCUCUCGACCGUCUUUGAGCCGCGCAGCGAGGCCGGCCUGCGCACCACCAACCUCAUCAUCCAGCUCGCCGUCUUCAUCGGCCUCUGCACCGAGAGCGUCGGCGCCACCACCACCAGCACCAGCGGCCUGCACCCGUCCGCCGCCGUCAUCACCCAGUUCUUGCUCUGCGGCUCCCUCUCUAGCGUCACCGGCGACGGCGUCGGCCACCUGCGGUCCAUAUCCGGCGUCGCCCGGCUCUUCUUUUACACGGCCCUGUCUGCCUAUGGCUGCUGGUUCUGGUUUGCUGGCAUCGAUGCCAUGCGCCGCCGCCGAGAUGGGGUCGCCGACGGGGCAGCGUCCGCGCCCGCACCCACCCUCGCGCCUUGCGCUUCCGAAGUGGCCUUUUUCGGCCGAACCUCCUUUGACGGUUGGUUCCGCGUCCUCGGCAAGGUCCUGUCCGUUCUGGGACUCGUCGUCUGCGUCGCGCUCGUCGCUUACUGGGUAUACCUGCUCGUGACGCGCUUCCGGCCGGGCAUUGGGCGCGGCCUCGCCGCCGCCAACGCGCACGGCAACAACAAGGGCCGUCCGCGCAUCGAGCUCGCGCUGCUGGCGCUGUCGGCAGGCCUGCUGGUGCUGUCGGCCAUGACGGUCGAGUACCUGAUUCGCGUCAAUGGCGUGCAAAAGGUUGGCCGCGCGGACCUGGACUCGGUCGGGCAGCUCAUUCCUCUGAUUGCCGGUUGCAUGGGCGCCGCGCUCGUGGCUUGGCGGAUUGUGAUGCGUGGGCAGAUUUUGAAGAAGCGAUGCGUAUUCCUGUUUGGUUUUCAUUUAUAG